UGCACGACCGUGGCGCUGCUGAGAUGGUGCUCCAAACCAUCAGUGCUAGUAAAGGUUGUCAGGUCUCUGGCCCCUGGGAGAGUGAAGACCUGGACAGUUUGUCAGAGCUGGUCCAGGAUAUCCGUCUUUGCUCUCAGGCCCUCAACAAGCUGGACCGACAGACCUUGAAGCAGAGCUGGGACAGGACUCAGUCACACGGACACUUUCUCGACCGAAACUCCAAGUGCCUCCUCUCCGCCACCUCCACUUGAGGGUGGGAGGUGUGAUGAUGUCGGCAGAACUUUGCUUCUGAUGUCUACUCUUUAUCACUGACGGUGGAUUUUGAGCCAGUGUUCAUAAUAAAAG